AUGAAGAGCAAUAUUCACUUCAGUCUAGAGGAUCUUAAAUAUCUGCCCAACUCUGUUGUACCUGGUUUGCUUGACCCUGAUGGUGUGGGGUUGAGUCCUUCAGUGGCUUGGGAGUUGGAGCCAAGCGAAUCAAAAAGUAAUUAUUUUGUUGUCAGCUUAUCUGCUGCUGACAUAGCUGUGGCAGUAUAUUCAUACCCUACAAUUGUUGUCUCAGUUUUUUACAACAGAUGGAUGUUGGGGCAAUUUCACUGCAGAAUUAGUGCUGCCAUCAAGUGCUUAAGUUGUAUUGGAUCCGUCUAUAACAUCACAGCGAUAGCUAUCAACCGCUAUUGCUGUAUCUGUCAUAGCCUCAAAUAUGACACAUUUUUUACCAAGAAAAACACUUGCUGCUACCUCUGUCUUGUGUGGAUAUUGUCAAUUCUAACCUUGCUGCCAAUGAUUUUUUUUGACAUGUUGGAUUAUGAUCCCAUUGUAUAUACAUGUACAUUCAUGCGCUCUGUGAAUCGUCAGUGCACUCUUGUGUUUGAGUUUGUGCAUUUUAUAAUACCUACAACUCUAGUGUCACUUUGUUACCUGAGGAUAUGGAUAUUGAUUAUUCACGUCAAAUAUCGUCUCAGACAGGACCAGAAACAAAAGCUUAAGUCAAGUGAAUUGCGUCAGAUGGUGAUAAUGUUUCUUGUUUCUGUGCUUUUUGCACUCUGCUGGGGCCCAUACAGCAUAAUUGGUUUUGCAAUUGGCAUUAAUGCAGCUGACAUUGUAGGAAAGACACCACAAUGGGUCUUUCUUGCAAGUUCUUUUCUGGCUGACUUCAACAGUUGCUUAAAUGGUGUCAUUUAUGGGGUCUUCAACCAAAACUUCCGAAACGAGUACAAAAAAAUAUUUUUUCUUCUGUUGUGCAAAUCAAGAAUAUUGACUGACAUAACACAGAAGAAUUCAACUCGACAGACAAUGACAAGGAUGAGCGAAUUAAAGCAGUAAAAGAAAAUGGCAAUGUUUUUCAUUUUCUAAUUAUUUUUUUCUAAAUGUAGUGUUUGAAAUAGAAAAAUGUACAUAUAUUUUAGCCAUCAAAACCUGUGCUUUAAAUGAAACAGAUUUGCCUCUGUCAUAUACAGGUCACUUUCCAUAAGACUAACAACAAAAGUACACAUGCUAAAGUAUUGCCAAGUGAUAUUAGAAUAUUCCUUUCCAAAAACAUUGCCUGACAUAAGUGUAUAAUUACAGUGUUAGGAAUAUGUCUGAAUAAUUUGCAUUCACUUGUCAUCUCUUUUAUUUAAUACCUUAUUUAAGAUUCAUAUGGACUUUUAUCAGACUUGACCCAGGAGCACUGUCUGGUUAAGUGACUUGUUCAAUCACAUAGUAGGUGAAUGACAGGUGACUGAAUCGUACCCGGCUCUAUAGGAAGCAUCUCAUUAACAGUUCAUAACCGUAACCUUCUGUGCUGUCAGACAAUACAGUGUGUAUCAGUUACUGCCAGCAAUAUGUAUGAGAAUGAAAUAUCAACAAAAAUCCCAGAAAAUCUUACUGCAACACAUGAAUACUGGAAAUCAGUAUUGACUGAUGUGUGCGUUCAUCUAUUGAAAGUAAGAAGGAAACAUUUGAAAGUAUCACUGUAGGAGAUGUAUACAUAGUUAAAACAGAAACCUGAGACUGCAAACCUUUCCAAGCUAACUUAAAAAUGUUAUGAGCAGUGUCUUGUUUCUCUUAUUAAUAUCAUUUAUGCACUGCUAGAUCUCAAGGCUGAAGAUGUCAUUUUAUGUCAUUUGACAGUAAAAUGUUGUACAUAUAGUAGUCAUGGAACACCAGAAUCCCUUUAGAUCUUGGGUGGUUGUUGAUUGUCUGCUCCUUCUACAAUGUAGCAUGAUUAAUUGUAAUGGAGUAUUGUGACCUUCAGAUCUAAUUAUAUACGACUGGUGUACAGUCACCAGUACUGCCAUGUCAGUACAUUCAGCGAUGAUGACAAUGUGCAGAUUUUGGCUUCCUUCCACAUUGCUCAAGCGUUAGUAACACAUAGAAACAAAAGACAAACGGCAUAAUACUGAAAGCAUUUUCCCAUAGGAAAUUAUUGCCAGUGGAAUUUCUACAUCAGUGCCAGCAAUGUUUCACUUCUUUAGGUAGAUUUCUCUCUACGUCAAGUUGAUGAAACUGUGGGGUUGGUCUACAUCAGUUUGGGAGUUGAGAGGGAUUUGCCACACUGCAUAAAACAAGAAAAAUAGUUUUUUGCACCUUUGGAUUUUGGGGAACUUUUUCUGUUUGGAACAUCAACUUUCAGAAAGCCAGAAUUUCAUACAAGAACGGCAUAUUUUCUUUCAAUUUCUGACAUGUUCAGGUUCAUGUCUGUGUAACAGGCUUACAGCUUUGUUAUUUAGCUACUUGUUGCCCCCACACUUUUGGAGUGGCAUUAUCCUGGCAUCUUAAUUCCAUUACACAAUGUAGCACCUUCUUGCUGUUUUGUUUCCAACAUCUUAAUGACAUGUAUGAAGUCACAGUUUAAUUGUGUACUUAAUCAUUUAAGCCUAUAGCACUGUUUACUUUGUUUGCCCUUUAGUGCCAGUUCUUCUCAUAUCUACAGCCCCUUUGAGCACUCUCACCUUUAAAUCUAAAUGUUUCCAUUUGUGCAAGCACAAUCAUGACUGCCUAAGUUUUGUGACUGAGUAUCUUUGCCUGCAUGCUAUAAAAAGUAAUAGACCUCAUUUGAAAAAAAAGAAAGAAAAUAAAAAAGUCAUUUAUCAUACUUGUUUUUUUAAAGUUAUCUGGUUAAAUCUGCACUGC